AUGGCAUCGGAAGACGAGUUGCAAAAAGACGCCACCGCUCUUCACGAGUACACUUGGGCUGAAUGGAAGACUCCUCUGCAAAUUGCCGUCAGCGCGGGCCAUCUUGACAUUGUCGGCUUUCUCCUCGCUCUCCGGGUCGAUUUGGCAACGAGAUGUUCACAACAAAUGGAAUCAUACACCGCCCUCCACUACGCGGCGUUGAGAUCGUCGCCGGAGAUGGUGUGCCUUUUGAUCGAUGCUGGGGCCGACGCGCAUGCGAAAUUUCGCAAUUACCAAGACUGGGAUGCGCCUGCCUUGCUUCUCCCUCUAGAGUCUGUCUACCCCCGCUACGGCAUUGGUCAAGUCAAGCAGGAGCAUUACGACACACUUACAAUCUUCCUCGAGCUCGGGCACGACAUUAACACCCCCGGUGACAGUGAUGUUCCUGGACAGGGCGCUCUGAUCGAGCGCGCUGUCGAGUGCAACAGCCGAGAUUUGGUCAAGUGGCUUGUCGACCGCGGCGCGACCACAACAAACCGCCUGGUGGGGCUGUCCAAAGCAUACAGCUGGUCGAAGGAUCAUCUUCAUGAGCGCGUAGCAGCGGCGAGGGGCUUAACGGGCGAGGACUGCGGGGGCGAUCGCACUUUCAGGUACCUGGUCGAGGAGCUGGGAUUACGGGAAGAGGAAGAAGAAUGA